CAUUCAUUCAGAGAGACAGGGACAGUGCGAGUGUGGGAACAGCAGAGAGAGGGAGAGAAAAUUCCAAGCAGGCUCUACGCUGCCAGCUGAUGCAGGGCUUGAACUCCUGAAGCUGUGAGAUGAUGAGAUCAGAGUUGGAAGCUCGAGCGACUGAGCCACCCAGGCGCCCCAGAAAAUGUACUGUUAACCUGAAUUAUAUUGUCCAUUAUUUUGACCAUAUAAAAGUUACCUUUUUAAAUUAUCCUAUAUGCAGGUAUUCAGUAUAAAUUAUGUCUUUGUAAAUGUUGUGCCACUGAGUCUUAAAAAUUUUUCAAUGCUGCAUGUAACUGAAAUUGGACAUGAAAUCAGCCUUUGCAGUGUCCUUGAACUACAAAAAUGUGGAACUGAGAGAAGGGACUCUACUACCAUUUAAUCUGGAAAACUUUAAAACAGCAAAUGGCAACCAUGAAGUAUAGAAAAAUAGGUGUACAAAAAAUGCACCAAAGUAUUUUUUUUUGUAUGGUCAAGAGUGACAUUCAUUAUACUUACUUAUAUUGUUUACUAUUUAUAAAACUACCAGCUAUAUGGGUUUUUGGGUUUUUUCCUGUUUUGGUUUUUCUAUUAGGGUAUAUAAUGACUGUAUCGUGGAGAUACUGAAUUAUUAGAGGUAAUCCAUUCUUUGAGCCUUCACGAGCAAAUGCUUUUGUAAGUUUUCAUAAGAAAGUCUGCUCUGCCGUUUAGGAUCUUAGUAACUAAAGGUGGAAUUGAGCACAGGAUUCCUAGAAAAAUGAAGUUGGGAUAUUGGCUAAUAAAGAACAUUAUUUAAAUUAAUGUUUUUAAAUGUUUCAUGAUAACAACACCCAUAAGGUUUACCCAGUGGAAACUAUCUACUUGGCUGAAGAAAAAAAGUUCUCAGGGGAGGCCACAAAUACCAGUCCUAUGCACAAGGUGAUUAACUGUAUCCUCUUUCCUCUUAACAUUCUUUGGUACAUGUUUUUUAAAAGGUCAUUCUGGCCACUUUGAGAAAGAGUGGAUGAAGGGAAUCAAAACUAGAGGCCAAGUGGCCAAAUGGGAAGCUGUUGGAGUAAUCCGGGUGAGAGAUGACAGUGGCAUCAGGAUUGAAGUAGUGGGGAUGGAAAAAAAUAAACAUUAAGGGAGCCUUAGGAAGAUAUAGUGGUAAGACUUCAUGAUUGAUCUGAAAAAGUGAGAGAAUCAAAUCUUAGUUCUAGGAUUGUGGCUUAAGCAUCUGAAUGUAUUUACUAAACUGGAACUUUGCAGGAGGACCAGGUUCUUCUAGUUUUUUGGGUAUGGGGAUAGGACGUGUUCUAUCUGGUACCUGUGGGACCUCAAGUGGAGAGGUCAAAGUAAGCAUUUGGAUGCUUAUAUCUGGUGCUUGAUAGGUUAGACCUGGAAACCGACAGUCCAGCAUAGAGGUGAUAAUUGAAACAAUUUCCUAGGUAGCUCAUGUUGAAAGGGAAGAGAAUGGAAUCCUCCAGGAUGGAAUCCUGAUGAACUCCAAAAUGUAGCUUUUGCGACGUAGGGAGGGGCCUGUAAAGAUUGCAGUAGUAGUAGAAUUGGGAAAGAAAGGAGGAAUAUGGUGUUCAGGAAAUAGCCAGUUUCAUUCUGAGUUCAAUUUGUAAGUUCUCAGUGUAUUCUUCAAUAUCAUUUUAAUUUCUGUACCAGUUUUUCUGCAACUCUGCACUGUCCAAAAUUGUUGCCACUGACUAGCCGCAUGUAACUAUUUAAAGUUAGAUUAAUUAAAACUAAUUAAAAUUUAACUUUAAGUCCUCAGUCACACUAGUAACAUGAAUUUAUCAAAAACUAUGUAUGGUUGCAGACUAAUGUAUUAAUGCAAAUACAGAACAUUUGUGUCAUCAAAGAAAGUCUGUUGCACAGUAAUUCUCAUUUAUAGCCACUGUCCAUAAUUAGUUUUCAACCCUAAAGCUUGGAGAUUAUACCAAGUGCUUGUUUUUAAGAUUGGGUGGAGGGUGCCAGAUAAGGAAUGUUAAGGGCAACUCUUCAUGGUCUUUCCAAUAAAUCUUAUAUGGUUGCUUAGUUAAAUUUGAUUCCCUUUAAUCUUAUCUCUAGAAAUGUCACCUAAAGAUUUAACCUAUUUUUCUUUAUUUAAAAAAUUAUUACCUGUUCUUUUCCAUAUUCUGAUUAUUAAAUCAACCUGUUUAUGGUGGUUUUUCUUCCCUUUAGCUGUUUAACUCUUUGUAGUUAAUUUUUUGGAAUAGAUUAGAGUUGAAAUAACUGGCAAGUUUUAUACAAUUUUUUUUUUCUUUUUUUUUUAAUUUGAGAGAGAAUUCCAAGCAGACUCCACAUCCAGUGCGGGGCUUGAUGCGGGGCUCGAUCCCACGACUCCGGGAUCAUGACUUGAGCCAAAAUCAGGACUGAACGACCCAGGAAAUCAACCUACUUGGUUUCAGAACACAGGUUUUGUCCCUCCUUCGAUGGCCACUGUUUCCAAAAUGAAGUGUUUGAAGCCUUUGCCAUGCUACCUUCUGUUGGUCACAUGCACGACCAGCUCACAGAAGACUCUAAACCUAGGAAUUGCGGAACUCACUGGCUAUUUGGGAAGCAUUUAGAAAAUGGGACAAGAGGUGUCGUACACAGGCUGGCAGCAGAGAUCCAGAAAGGAAAGCACCGUGGCCUCUGUUUUCAUUUUCCUUUUUGCUUCUGAAAUGAGACAGGGAGAGCAUGAUAUUAGCAGCUGGUGCGGACAUGGACAGUGAUGGCUGUCCCAUACUCACUCCCCGAGUGUGAACAACACUGUGAGCCCCAGACUGCCUCAGGCUUUGCUUUUGUCUUUCUUAUCAUUCAUACUUGAAGUCAGGGGCUCCUGGUCACUGUGCAAAAAUGAGUAUAAUCACAUUUCCAGCCGAGCUUACUGCAAUGCUUCUGCCUCGCCAUGCGACUCAGAGCCGAGAUUUGAGUAGAUGGGAAGUGAGGGACUCAACAGAGGGAGGAAAUUCUGUCUUUUCAGCCCACAGAAGAGGGCAUUUUUGGCCCCUGAGAAUUAAGACUGGUGGAGAAGUUCACCCAACUGGAUCAGAGAUUGGGAGAUAAAGGUACUGAAGUCAAAUGAGACAUCUGUGAAGUACUUUCAAAAAAUAAAGACUUCAUGACAAUGUAUGGCAAGAGCUUCAAUAACUAUCACUGGUGCAGGCUCUCAACGACGGUUGGGGCUGAACUCCACGCUCAAGGUCCUUAAUUUGUCCUUAGCCCCCAGCCAGACCUGCACCCUGCCAAGCAGAGAGGUGAUCUGUUUGAUCUGGAACUUCCAACUUUGGUGACUACAUAUUCUGCUUUAUCGGGUCCUUAAAUAAAGGCAACUUUUCUUUAACUUUUCUGUUAAUCUCUCCUGUUAACAGCUCCUAUCGCCCUGGGCUUACCCUUAAACUGCCUGCCUAUUAGAAAAGUGCAGACAGCCCAAUACAAGCUGAUACUCUAGCAAUUGUUAAGAUCUAUUGUAGGACAUCCAGCAUGCUGAGAAAAACUAGCCAUUCACCUCACUCCAUGCUAUUCCUAUCAGAAACAACGUGGAAAAUAUUCUCUUCUUUUGGCCAGCACUCCCCUCCUUAACAGAAAGAUGAUGUGUCUGCGUCUGAAACGGGGGCGAGAUGGGGUGGAGUAUAGCUUUCCUGCCUCUAGAAAGACAAACUCAUUCACAGCAGGCCAGAACUGGUCAAUCAUUAGGGCAGGGUCCAGGCCUCUCAUAUUUGCGGGAACAGUGGGCUGUGUCAGUCCAGCAUGGAAUGCCAGUCCUGGCCUCUGAGCCUGCUAAGCCCUUCCCGGCGUGACUUUACCAGGUGAACUCCCACUCCCGACACACAAGUACAUGCUUUAGGAAGAUUUCUUCAACGUGGCAAAGUGCACUUUAAAAUCUGGGUUCUCCUUUCCCGAGCUCGGACCCAAACUUAUCCUGAAAUAGGAGAAGGCACUGUAGGCAAAGACUGCAGAGGCGAAAGAAAGCGCCCGGCAUGGCAGCGGUGACGACGGGUUGCCAGCAGGUGUCAGUGCGCCCUCGCUCAGUCGUGGCGCGCGGCCUCCGCCGCCAAGACCCCUCCUCACCGCGUUCUAAGGAGGUGCGGUCCAGACCCGCGACGGCCGGGUGUCCCGCAGACUACUCUGCGGCUAGAACCACAGGUGGCCUCCUCUUCCCCAAGCGGAGCUCCGGACUCGGGCGGGUCCCGCUUCCCGGGGGUGCUUCCCAUUCCGCAGCUGGGGUUCGAUCCGAACCUGUGCCUGCCUUUCUCACCAGAACCCCACUCGCCUCGCCGCCAGGAGCACUUGCGGUCGAGGGUGGCCUGGCCCAGGACCAGCGUGCUACGGAUGCUACUUGUACCCGUGGCGGCUUCUCCCGAUUCGGGCCCGGGUCCCCAACUCUCUUUCCUCCCAGGACCCAGCUGGAUGGGGAGCACUCCCGGGUUCCCGCUUUCUGUUCCGCGGGCCCGGAGCUGCGCGGCCAAUUCCCAGCAGGGGCCGCUUCCACUCCCGGGGCACGCUCUUUAAACCCCUCGCUCACGGUACCCGCCUCUCCAAAGCGCCCGUCCCGCCAGGGGGGCAAGCGCUCCUCAAGGUCCCGCGCGGGGCGCGGGCGCUAGACCCGCGGAGGGGAGGCGCAAGGGGCGGGGGAGGGUCGGUUUCCCACGUGGGGGCUGACGCCGGCUGCUCGGCAACGCUGGCUUGAUCCUGGGGCUAUAAAACCAGUCCACGGUGAGCGCGGCGGAGCAGCAGAGGCUCUGGCUUCGGUGCAGACGCCCAGCAGCCGGAGCGCUGCCGCCCGGCCACCCCCAGCAGCUUCUCCCCCUAGCCCCGCGUUCCUGCCCCAACUCACGGUGC